CACACUGUGUAGGUAUUGUUUGAAAAGAUUUUGAGCUUACCUAGAUCUCAGUUUUGAGAUCUUAAACAUUGGUACAGUGCUAGUCGCACCUUUCUAUCAAGUAACUCUAUCUGUACCCUCCCAUAUGUACCUAUACAUAUUGGACCUAAUUUAAUCCACCAUCAUACGUCAUUCCAUUCCGCCAUGACUGCAUUAAACAUCCCCUUCCUCACCAUAGAACCCUCGCAGCCGCACACCCACACCAUCGUCUUCCUCCACGGCCGCGGGGACAACGCCCGCAACUUCGCCGCCUCGCUAACCCACGCGCGCGACUCCCGUCGCCGCACCCUCUUCGAAGCGCUCCCCUCCUUCCGCUGGGUGUUCCCGCAGGCCCCGACGCGCAAGUGCGCCAGCUCGCCCGAGACCUGGCCGCAGUGGUUCGACGUCUGGGACGUGCGCGACUUCGCCCUGAACGAGGAGCUGCAGGCCGUCGGACUGAGAGAGGUCGUCCCCGCUAUCCGCCGCGUGCUGGCUGAUGAGGCCGCGCGCCUGGGCGGCCGUUGGGAUCGUCUGGUGCUCGCGGGUAUAAGCAUGGGCGGCGCGACGAGCGCCCACGUCCUGUUUAAUCUGGAUGUGCCCCCGGAGGCCGGAGGGAGGCUCGGUGCUUUUGUCGGCUUCUCGUGCCGGUGUCCGUUUGCUGGUCGCAGCCUUGCCGGGAUGAGGGGUGUGCUUAGUCUGGAGGGCGUCCCGGACCAUGGUCGCGUCGUUCAGAAUACGCCUGUGUUGCUCGAGCAUUGUGUCGACGACCCGCUCGUCCUAGUUCAGAACGGCCGAGGCCUACGAGAGACUCUACGUGGGUAUGGCGCCCAGGUUGAGUGGAAAGAAUACCCCAAUGGUGGACAUUGGUUUCAUUCGCCGUCUGGUAUGGAUGACGUCGUGGAUUUUCUGAGCAGACACCUUCGGGAGGACAGUUCUGCAAGCAUCCCUACAACUCUGCAACGAGCAUCACCUGAUGCCAUGGAUCUAUCAUAGAACAUAGACUAUGGUCGUAGCCGAUCAAGUCAAAAGAAUGGUCGGCCUAGUUUCUGGAAUUCUAUGUAAACCAGAAAACUUUCUCGGUGACCAUGUUCAAUAAGCUUAUUCUGGAACAUGUCAUCGAUGUGUGAGACCGUUUCAGAUCUAAUACGGCCCUGAUACAAAUUCAACAAAGCCGUACGUCCGAAGGAAAACAAGCCCGACUCAACCAUUAAAACGUUGAUUUUUGAGGUUGGAACUACCGUGCGAUGUUACAAGUCGACUGAAAACGUAAAAUGCCAUCGUGCAUCUCCGUCUUGUCGUCUGUCUCUCGAAAUACAGCGCU